CUUCCUCACAAGACAAUGUCGACCCCACAAACAGCCGAAGCCCUCGCCGAACGCGAAGCCGUUCAAGACGCCCUCCACCGCUGCAUCCUAGGCCUCGACAGCAACGACCGCCCGCUCUGGGAAUCAAGCAUGUCCAAAUCCGAAGAAACCUGUUUUGUCGCUGAGCCAAUUAUGAACGUUCAGGGCUGGGAUAACGUAAACACGCACUUGCAGCGGGUCUUCGAGCUCGUCACCAUGCACAUCACCAGCAACGUUCGCGUUCAACUAAAGAGCGCCAACACGGCGUCCCUGACCUGCCACACUGUGUCUUACCAUGUGGAGCCCGAGAAUGCGUACAAGAUGGAGGAGACGUCGUUUACGGGGUACAGCUUGUAUGAUAUUGAUCUCGUCAAGGAUGAGGGGGAUGGGAUGUGGAAGAUUCAGAAGUGGAGGGUUAAGGUUAUCAGGACGACUGGGGAUCCGGCUACUGUGGGAAGCGCCGUGGCUGGCCUUUCUCCUGAAUCAUCGAAAUGA